AGCGUGGCCUCAAACUCCAACCAACAAGCCAAAUAACUUCAGUAUAAAUCCCAGAGUUCCUGCUGCUGGGAAGGUGCGGCCUGCCAUGGACACAGAGAGUUACCUGGGCGUGUCGUUUACACGCAGACUGUAAUUUCGACACUCUUCUCUUGCGUUGGUCGGAUUGUUGUCACUGUACUUUUGAUGGUGACGUUUCAACAAGAAAACGGAAGAAUAAGACAAAGAAAAGGACACAAAUGAGGAUAAAGGGCCAGCAGCUGAUUCAAAACAAAGUUUGAACGCAUCAUCCUAACUGACAUCAUUUUGGACAAGUCCCUCAAGCACAACGGCUGUAGCAGAAUCCUAUAAACACUUUCAAAGUUGUUUAUAUUUUACUGCAAAUUCUUUAUAGGCCCUAAUCCCACCUGUAUGUGUGACUGAGACCAUGACUGCAUCCCAAACCGGCUGAGAGCUUGUUGACAAAAGAUGCAACCAGGAGGUCCUCCCGCUCCACCACCUCCACCUCCACCCUCCACCGCCUCCACCUCCGCCUCCGCCUCCGCCUCCGCCUCCACCUCCACCUCCACCUCCACCUCCACCUCCAGCCCUUGGCCUCCCUCCAUCCCUACAUGGCCUCAUUGAUAAAGGAGCGCGUCGGCGCUCCAGGAUGCGCAAUUUCAAUUGGGAAACCCUUCCCAAACACAGUGUGGAAGGAAAGCACAACAUCUGGACAGCAGAUAAGACUGAUGGGGAAUAUGAGCUGGACACUGAUCACAUGGAGGAGCUGUUCAGUCAAAAGCAGGGGCAGCAACAACUCAAGGCCCUGAACCGCCAGAGCCUGCGUGGCCUACCAACUGCUGCCUCAGGAGUGGUAAUGGUUUCCAUCCUCAGCUCCAAGAGAAGCAUGAACAUUGGAAUUUUCCUAAAGCAAUUCAAGCGGCCCGUAAAAGACAUGAUUGAAGAAAUUAAAUCAGGAAGUAGUCUCAGUUUUGGUUCUGGAAAACUGAAGGAGUUGUGCAAGCUGCUGCCAGAUGAAGGGGAGGAGAAGCAGUUGGUCAGUUUUAAGGGCGACCCAUCUGCUCUCCCUGACGCAGAUCUGUUCAUGCUAAUGCUGGUCAAGAUUCCCAGCUAUGAAGAGCGUCUCGGGAGCUUGGUGCUCAAAGAGGAACUUUUCCCCCUCAUGGAUGAAAUGAACAAAAUCAUUGUCACUUUGACAGCAGCUGGAAAGGAGCUGUUGGAGUCUGAUAACCUCCAUUCUGUCAUUCGCCUGGUGCUGAAGACUGGAAACUACAUGAAUGCUGGUGGCUAUGCAGGCAGUGCAAUUGGAUUCCGAAUGGCUUCUCUGUUGAAGUUAGCGGACACCAAAGCAAACAAACCUGGAAUGAAUCUUAUGCAUUAUGUAGUGAUACAAGCUCAGAAGGCAGAUGUGGACCUGCUUACAUUUGCGGACCAACUCGCUCACAUUGAAGCGGCAGCGAGAAUGAAUAAGGGGGAAAUUGAAGCAGAGUUUGUAAAACAGGUAAAGAAAGUUCAAGAUGCCAAAGCGAACACCUUAAAGCAAGAAGACCUAAAGGCACAGAUGGAGGAUUUCCUCAAGGAGGCUGAUGUCUGCUUGGCUGAAAUAGGGACUGAUCUUCAGGAAUUGCAGUCAGUAAGUGACUCUGUGGCAGAGUACUUCUGUGAAAACCCAGAGAAGUUCAAACUGGAGGAGUGUUGCUCCAUUUUCAACUCCUUUUGUGAGAAAUUUAUGCGGGCCAUGCAGGAAAACAAGGCUCGAGAGGUGGCAGAGGUGCAGCGGAGACACAAAGACAGAUUGCAGAAUGCCGUCAAACGCAGGUCCACAGCUACCUGCUCCGUUAGAGACAAGGAAAUGGAUGGAGUUCCAUUGCAGUGCAUCCUGCAGAACUUCCUUACCACUGGUGUCUCUCGGAGGAGAUCUGGAAGACCCUCAUCCACUCGUGGAAGCCCCACGAGUGUCAGCCCCAACAACGGGAGUCUAUCAGAAAUGACCUCUCAGGGAAACCUCCCCACUGGAAAUAAAAAAAAAGGAGACUUUCUUACAAUUAAAGACAUGGGCAGAAAAGAGUGGAGUUCAACACAGGAACUCACAGAGAACUCUUCACAAAAGAAAGCUCAGUCUAAUAGCGAGGACAACAAGGACAAAGGUGGCAUUCCUCAUGAACAAGAGGUGAGAACAUCCAAAAAAGAGGACUCCAGAGGUUUUACACACCCAGCCAAUAGGACCACCAGCAUUUCCUCCUCAGGCAUAUCUUUAUCAGCCACUACUGAUGACAGUGAGGAAGAUCUACAGGAUAAUAAUGAGGAGGAGGCCCAAAAAUUGCGUGACGUAUCAAAAAAAGUUUUGCACUUUCAGAAAAGCCGCGGCAGUGUCUCAUCUGCUUCUCUGGAACUUCAGAAAUCUCCUGGUCCAAUUAAGACCUUGUCUCGUCAGCGCACCGUCGAUGAGGACAUGGAGAGGUAUCCUGGAGACCCAACCAAUGACGAUUUAGUUAGAUUUUUGCUAAAUCCUAAGUCCCCCUCAAAAUGUAAUCUUGGCCGCCGAAAUACUCUACCUACUAAAAUCACUAAAUCUGAGGAAGAGGAAGAUAAUCUGUCUGCCAGGCCUCCAGUCAGAACUCCUAAUUCUGCAACAGGAGAAAAGGGGACACUGCCAGCAGAGGGUUCUGGACAAAAUCCCUCAAAAGAAGUGUUUGACUUCACUGACGUAUCUCACGUCUUCAAAAAGUCUGGUGCUCAAGACCAGAAUUCUCCGUCAGCAGAAAAGAAAAGCAAGCCUUGUGUUUCUGUUACCUGUGUUCCAGAUGAAGGACUUAAUGAGCAAAACAAAGUGGGCAAAUCAAUGGAGCCCACAGUCAACGACUUGCAGAGGAAUACUGAACCCCCUCCCAAUAAUACAUGGAUUAAGACUGAAAACUCUGGACUCUUUUUUAGCUUUUUAAAACGCCUUGGAGAUAUGAGCAAACUGCAGAACAGCAAGGAAACUGUCCAUAAGGGCACUGAUUCAAGUGUAUAGGCAUUAAGAUGUAUCAAACGUAAGGUCAGGCAGGCACAUGUAACUUGUUAUUACCUCAUCAUGGUGAUUGUGUUAUAUUUAAUGUUACGUUUGUAAAUUGAUAGUGAGGUUGUUAAGAGAUUGAGAGACGGUUUUAGGAAAGUGGUUAGAGGAAGUGUUUGUUGAGGGUAGGCACUUGUGUAUGUUGUACCACUAGAUGGCACAAUAUAACAGCAACAUGUUAAACUGUUGCUCAGAAAAUAUGGGUGUUGUUGAUUUCUAGGAAAUCUGUACAUUGUAACAAAAGAAUGAUGGGCACACACACUAUAAAACAAAUUUUCUAUUUUUGUAAUACUUAAUAUGAACGUUACCUUGACGGUAUGGCAUUGUCCUCAUCAGUUGGAUACACGUGUCAUCACUUACAGUGUGUGUGUUCUUUGUCUGGAUGAAAAUGUACAACCUUGCAGAAUGUAGAGUGAGAGAGCAUACAGAAGUCCAACUGUAUGUAAAAUACUGGUUUGAUUGUUAUUUUUGAUACUUUGAUAAAUAACUACUUCUACUGCAUGCUUUUACACUGAUGAAUGUCUUUGUUUUUGCUUACUUUGUUUUCCUCCUCUGCUGCUGAAGGCAGAAGGCUGAGGAUGCUUUCAGGGUCUUACACAAUUCAGCCAUUGUUUUUGAGCUUAUAUGGGUCAGUGUUACAAAGGCAACCUGUAGCUGAGCAGAGCUGAGCCAUGGACUGUGAGUGGCAAAGUGAAGGGUGUUGAUCUGAAGUUAACUUGAGAACAGAUUACGGUGGUUGAAAGGCCAACACCCGGUGGCCUGAUAUGAUGCAAGGUAACCAGCUUCCCUGUUCACUACUUGUGGCAUUGACCCAAAUCUCUCCCCUGGAGCAGAUAUACAAGGAGUCACUCAGGCCACAGCUUGAGUCAAGAAGUUCAACUGCUAGCAUCUCUUAGCAGUUGAUAACAGUGCAACAACAAUUAGCUUUUUAGGACUAUGUCCAGCUGUCCGACUGAAGUGCAACAAUGAGGUAAUGAAAGGACCUUCUGUUUAGUUGUUCUGUUUAGCAGCUGGAGUUAUCUGAAUGCGUUCUAUAUUUCUUUGCCAUUGAUUAUAUUUCAUAUGACUGAGAUGGAUAGCCAUCAAAAUAACAGAGAAACAAAUAGUGUUGUCAUUGAGUUCUGAA